ACGUGGAACAUGCUGUCCAGGACGAAGCGGCAGCGGUACCUGCGGCUGAGCCCUUCCCUCACCGUGUUCUGGAUGUGGGGCUUCGUGAUCCGGUGGGUGUUCCUCAUGCCGGUGCGGGUGCUGCUCCUCGCCAUGAGCCUGAGCACGCUGGUGCUGCUCUGCCUGGCCGUCGGGUUCCUGCCGGACAGCGCCUUCAAGAGGAGGGUCAACGCCUGGGUGGUCAGCUGGUGCUUCGAUUUCGUGGCCGGCUCGCUGUCCGUGGUGGCCAGGUUCCACAACAAGGAGAACCGACCCACGCACGGGAUUGCUGUAGCGAACCACACCUCUCCCAUUGACUCCAUGGUUCUGGCGACGGACAAGUGCUAUGACAUGGUCGGGCAGCGGUCGAAGGGCAUCCUCGGCGUGUUCAUGAGGGCGCUGGCGAGGUCCUCGUCUCACAUCUGGUUCGAGAGGACAAAGUCGAAGGAGAGGUCCCAGGUGGCGCAGAUGCUGCAGGAGCACGCCCAGGACACGACCAAGCCCCCGAUCCUCAUCUUCCCCGAGGGCAUCUGCGUCAACAACACGGCCGUCAUGCAGUUCAAAAAGGGAGCCUUUGAGAUUGACAGCGUGGUCUUCCCCAUUGCCAUCCGGUUCGACCCCCGCUACGGCGACCCGUUCUGGUACCAGGACUCCUUCGGCGCCUACCUCUUCAGCAUGAUGACCUCGUGGGCCAUCGUGUGCGACGUGUGGUACCUCCCGCCCAUGCGCCGCGGCGAGAACGAGUCUGCGACGGCGUUCGCGAGCAGAGUGAAGGCGCUCAUCGCCCACCGCGGAGGCUUCGUCCAGCUGGCGUGGGACGGCUCCAUCAAACUGGCGCAGAAGGGGAACGCGCUGUGGCGGGAAAAGCAGACGCGGUGGAGGAACAAGCAGCAGGUGGAGUUCGCGAGGCACCUGAGCGUGGGCGAGGACGAGGACGCGGCGCGGGAAGGGAGUGGGAAGGAGGAGCGAGAGGAGAGGGAAAAGGACUCGGAAAAGGACUCGGAGGAGGGCGUUCCUGAGGACGCAUCGCGGGAGGGGAAGAAAGAGGUCUGAGGAUGGUUGGUGAAGGCGGAGGCAGGAGAACGCGGGGAGGAAACGUGUCAGAAGUCUGGAACUGGAAGUGAGGAGAGGAAAACAAAGGAGGUGAACAGAGGAAGAGGAGAGG